AUGUCAAAACAAGAGAUUUCUGAACCUUUUUUUUUGGUUCUCGCGAAAAUUUUCUGCAUUUAUUAUUUAAAGUCUUCUCUCUCGAAUUCUUUUUCAACUACAAAAAAAGUAAAAAGAGUCACAUCAAGGCGGGAGAAUAAAUCCAUUUGGGCUCGUAGAUAUUAUGGAAUGGUCCAAAGAAGAAAAAAUUUAAAGAGAAAAAUAAUUUCAGAAAUUUCAAAAGAUUCCAAACAAGAAGGGCAAAAAAGAAAAAAAUUAAAACCAAAAAUAAUACUAUAUAAUAAAGAACACCGAAAAAUAAUUUAUCUCGAUAACGAUCAAAAAUAUUUGAAAUGGAAGAUAGUCGAUGUUCCAAAUAAUACACAGGAUGCUCAAUCUGCUAUACCGACCCAAGAACCAGACCCUGAACAAUUGUAUCUGGGAGAAUCCAACCACCUACAUAUUGAUGACAAUAAUACUGAUGUCAUAGAAACUGAGGAUCAUGAAACUUAUAAUAAUUGUCCUGGUUUGAACCCUGAAUGGUUUAUUGAGGGUGUUAAUACGGAAGCAUCAUUAACCAAUAAUAUCACGCCAAGUCAAUUUCAAUGUGGAGAAGAUCAAAUCGAUGCUUAUAACCAUGAUUAUUAUUCUACAUUACAAUCUUUCUAUCAAUCUUCUUGA